AUGCAACAUUCCUCCUCCCUUAAAGAGCCAAUAAAUAAAAUUGAAAGAAAUUUAUCAAUUGAAUUAAAAGUAGACCAUCCUUUGCUACAGCCACUGUCCCAAGAACUAAAGAAAAUUCUAACUUCUCAGAAAAGUGUUUCUCUAUAUCACAGCAAGUGGCACCUAAAAAAAGGUGGAAUUCCAAGCUUAGUUCGUGGUAAAAUAAUUAUAAGUCAAGCGCAGCCAGAAUUUAUACAAUGGACGUGGUCUCACGAAUUGCACAAGAAUAUGAUUUCGUUAUAUGACAUAAAAAAUUAUCAGUCAAAGAAAAGUGGAUUACUGCAAGAUUCAGCAGCCCUGGACAUAUUAGCAUCAUUUAUUGUUCCAGAGAACCCUGUAUCUCCAUCAGUGAUUAUAGCAAUUGCAACUGGAGAAGACAUAUUAAUAGUACUUUUUGAAGAUAAAGAAGUUUGUAAAAAAUGAAAAUCUGGACUGCGAACCAUCCUAUCCUCAAUCGAGCCUAGCCCAAUGGUGCCAGGAGGAGAGUAUAAUUGAAAGCAUUCCUUUUGUUUGUCUCAGUCACCACUUGAUUCCUUACUCCCCCCUCCGUGAGCGAAUAAAACCAUUGGAAAAAUCCUUAUUUUUUGCCAAAAGCCCACCCUACUACUUAGUUAGCAAAAAAAAUUUUUUCAUGAAAAAAAUUUUUAUAUAAGUGAUUAAUAGUAUAAUGAAUCAAAAUUUUUUGGUCGCCUACAGAUGGAGGGCGGGAGUUAGCAUUUGGCUAUAUGUUUGAUUUUUCAGAAUCAAAUCCUCCAAAUGAGUCAUGAAGAGAGCUUAAGGUCACUUUUGUACACGAAGAUGGGUCAUCUCAUUAUGAAUAUCUUCAGUAUGACCGAAACCAAGAAAACUUGUAUGAUUCUCUUAUUGGAAUCUUCGGAUGUAUCAAAACAAAUAUAAAUCACCCGAACCGAGAAAUGAUGAAGGAGUUUUUACAAGAUAUUACAAGGUGGGAAAUCAAGACAAGAAACGAAAAAACUGAUGCUUAUGCUUCAAUUAAAAAUAAGAGUGUUCAGUUUUCGUAUUAUAAAAGGAGCAAUAAAAGGAGGAUUAGAGAUGAAUACUUGUAUGUCGAUGAAGAUAAAUGAAAUCGUAAAAGAAAUCAAGAAUUAUGAGAAAUUUGACUAUGGAGAUAG